AUGUCCCUCACACUCCGAAUAUGCCGUUCUUCUUGGGCCCGCAAUACCAGGCUCAGGACGUCGCACUUCACGCGGUCCCUUUCCUGGUUCUCGUCGCAUGCAUCACCUCUGGCCGUGUCGUACGCCAUAGUGACCCCGCCUCGAAUGCUGGUAGCGCGUCCGCCACCUCGACGGACAUUCUCUACGAGCAGAUCUCUGGCCGAAGCCGCGCCGAAAUCUACAUUAGACCCUUCGUCAGCAGACUCGGACGUUCUGAAAGCCUUCUCAGAGACUACGUUAUUCCGCAAACUUGCCGACGACCCCGAAGCUCUCAGAGAGAUGGCAGAAUUUGUGAAACUGCUAAAGUCAAAAGGGAUUGAUCCAACAUCCGGUAAAACACUGGGAACAAUGCAGAUGCUCAAGUUGGUUGCCGACCCCGAAUUUAGAGAGGCAGCGAAACGGACGCAGGAGAGGCUGUUGAAGUCGGGCGUAGACUUGAAGUCCCCUGAAAUUAUGGCGGAACUCAUGGCACUCAAGAAAUCGUGA